CGCGCGCUUGCAUGACAUGUAGCGCUGCGAUACUCAAAGGGCUGUGCUGAGCUGGUCCAGCGUAGACACAGUUUUUCAAAGUACAGCGAGCACGGCACAUCGCAGUUUUCGUCGUCGAAAGAUGGAAUUCAGGGCAAAAGAGGAGCCUAGCGAUGAGUCGAUCGCGGAAAAUCAUUAUGGAAUGAUUGACGAUAAACCGGAUCUUAAAAACUUUCCACUCUUACCAUUUCCACGAGAAAAUUCAACUCGUACGCCUCGAAAAUGUAAAAUUCGCGAAAGUGAUCAUGAGGACGAAACAGAAAUGGUUGUUGAAUAUGAAGACGUCAAACCCAAUAUUGAUUCAUUAGCAGUACAGAAAAUUGACGAUUAUUCUCCAAAUCAUUUGUGGAAUAUAAAAGUGAGGGAAGCGAAAGAAAAGAUUUUGAGUGACACUCCCGAACAAGUGAAUUUUGACAGUGAACUCAAUGACGACGUGGAAAUAUUUUUUGAGUGCGAAGACGUCAAACCCAAUAUGAAUUUUCCGGAAGUUGAAAAAAUUAAUGAUUAUUUUCCAAAUCACUUGCAGAAAUCGGAAUAUAGCGAUGAUUAUAAAAAUGAAAACAUAAUUAACGCAGAGCCAGCGGCUGAAGUAAAACAGGAAUGUUUUGGUAGCGAUGAGAAAAAUAGCGGCGAGCCAAUCAAAAGAAAAUCAGUAAUAAAAAAGUUGGGUUAUAAUAAUGAACUCAAAAACCACACCGACGAAGUGCUUAAUAAUAUCAUCUAUCCUUGCAAUGCAUGUGAUAAAACAUUCAAACAUCGGACAAGUCGUACUAUCCACAUCAAUACGGUACACAAGGGUAUCAAGCAUAAAUGCGGCAGGUGCGAAAAAUCGUAUACACAACGGGGUCAUCUCAAAUCCCACGUAGAUGCGGUGCACAAUGGUGUCACAUUUGCAUGCGAUACAUGCGGAAAGUCAUUCAGGCACAAACGCAGUUUCCGAAAACACAUCGAUUCGAUACACAACGGUAGGAAAUACAAAUGCGGUUUAUGCGGCAAGAAAUUCCUCACGAUGGGUGAAUGCAAAGCUCACAUCGAUGUGGUGCACAGUAUAGUGUUCAUUUAUGCGUGUGAAAUAUGCGGAAAACCAUUCACAACGAAGAAUAAUGUCAUAAAACACAAGAAUACGAUGCAUCGCUCACCCGUUCCAACUUGAUGUACAGAAAACUAAA